GGGAGGAAGAGACGGAGGGUCCGGUGGUCCAACACGAGAACACGCCGUAAAAAGAAAGGCUCCGAAGACGAAGAGGAAAACAGCGAAGAGGAGUCGAGCGCAGAGGAGGAAACUGAGGCAGAGGACGACAGCGACGAAGAUUACAAGGUGGAGCGACGCAAACGGAGACGCAAUCGAAACCGAGAGAGACGAGAAUCGGACUCCUCGACCUCCUCAGACGACGAUUUACCUCCAAACGACGACCCCUGCAAACACUGCGGGCUCCCAAGCCAACCAGAGCUGAUCCUCCUGUGUGAUUCCUGUGACAGCGGAUACCACACGGCCUGUUUGAGACCGCCGCUCAUGAUCAUCCCCGAUGGAGAGUGGUUCUGUUCACCCUGUCAUCACAAGCUGCUCUAUGAGAAGUUAGAGGAGCAGCUACUGAACCUCGACGUUGCUCUGAAGAAGAAGGAACGAGCGGAGAGAAGGAAAGAGCGUCUCAUUUACGUUGGCAUCAGUCUUGAAAACAUCAUCACGCCCGGAGUGGAGGAGGAGAAGCCGGAGGUCAUCAUCAAAGAGAAGAAGGAGGCGAAGAAGAGUAAGAGCUGGGGACGAAGAUCUACCAGGACGAAGAAGUCCAUCAGCUACAGAUUUGAUGAAUUUGACGAGGCGAUCGAGGAGGCGAUCGAGGAAGACCUCAGAGAAGCGGAGGGCGGAGGAGCGGGUCGGGGGAAAGACAUGGCAAACAUCACGGGGCUCCGAGGGAAAGACAUGUCCGUCAUCCUGCAGGCGGACGAGGGGAAAGAGAACGGAGAGACGCCCCAACCCCCUGCUGGGCCGCGGAGGAAAAAACGCCGACGACUGAACGACCUCGACAGCGACAGCACCGUCGACGAGGAGGAGAGCGAGGACGAGUUUCGCAUCAGUGAGAGCUCAGAGGAAGAGUUCGUGGCGUCAGAGAACGGCUCGGAGGCAGAAUCGGACUCUAGCUGCGGGAAAAAACGAACAUCGAAACGCAGGAAACCUCCGACAAGACGACGAAGUGCCAGGAAGCGAAGGAGACCGAAGGGAUACUCGGACGAUGAAGAGGAGGAGACGGACGAGGAAGAUGAAGACGAGAUGGCGACUGAGGGCUCGAGCGAGUACAGCGACAGCGAUCUGGACAUGAGUCGGCGGCGCUCUCGGAGGAGUAAGAAGGCUCAGGUGAACUACAGAGAGACGUCAGAGUCCGAGGGCUCGCAGGCGGAAACUAACCGGCCCAAAAUGAAACCCAGACGACGCAUGAACAGCUCCAGCAGCGAGGCGAGUUCCUCCAAAGACUCAGAGGAGGAGUCGAAGGAGCCUCGGAGGAAGAGGAGAGGCGACUCUUCGUCGGAGGAAGAGGAGGAGGAGAAAGAUUCAAAGCAGAAGCCCCGACGUAUCGCUCUGAAACGCAGACGAGCCUCCAAGGGCGACGAGUCGGACGACGACUCUGACGCAUCGUCUUCAGAAGAGGAUCGACCCGUCCGGAAACGUGUGAACCGAAUCGACUCUGACGAUGACGAGGAGGAGGAAGAGAAGAAAGAGGAGAAAGAGGAAGAGGAGAAACCGAAGGAGAAGAAAGCAGACGAGGAGACAAAGGGAACAGUGGACAGCACUCCAGUGGAUUUGCCGCCUACAAAUGGACAGAACGCGAUAAAAACCAUCGUCACGCCAACAGAGGCUCCAAAAAAUAUCACCGCGGGCGCCAUUGUCGCUCCGAACGGACAGGAAGUGGCGCCGCAGGAAGAAGACGAGGACGACCUGUUGGGAGUCACGGACCUCGUGGACUACGUCUGCAAUAGCGAAGAUUUGUAAAAGAAAGAAAAAAGGUGUACUGUUUCAUUUUUUGUGGUAUUGUAUUUUUAUAUUUAACUUUAUUAUUCCCGCCAACACCAACAACACUUCCUCCUCUGCGUCCCUUUUUCAACAUCCGGACAUUUUUCUCUCCUGACUGUCACUGUGGGAUCAAACUGCAAAUAAGGGCACCAAACUUUUUAUUUUUAAAUAAUAAUCUGUUUGACCCCCACGUCACCCAGCUCCACUGCCAGACCCCUCCUCUCAUUGCUCCUCUCGCAUCCUCACGGUUUUUUAUUUCGUUGAAUCCAUAAUUUCUACAGAUUUGAUCUCCUGUUCUCUCGACGUUGAUGGAAAAUUGGCACUGAAUUUGUUAAAUGUUGUAGGAAACAGAAUAUGCUAAACCACUGGGGCUUUUUAACGGUAUUUUACGAGUUAAAUAAGUCAUUCCACUAUUGAUUUUAAAGUUCUGGACAUUUGCUUCAAAAUGAAUCGUGUUUUUUUCAUCACAAGAAUAGUUUUUGACAUUUUGGGAAAAAUGUAAAACCUCAAAUGUCGGUUUGGCUAGUUAGCUUAGCACAAAUAUAUAUUUCGGAAUAAUCUGGUAAUCUAAUAUUGAUUUAUAGAUUGUGACAAUAAAAAAAAACAUAUCAAUAAUUAUGUGCAAAAAUAUAUUAGCAUUUAAUUUAUGUUUCUACAAAAUAAAUAGUGUAAAAACGUUGAUUUGCAGACAUAUCUUCCAAAAAAAAUACACGACCUUUUUACACGAUUUAUCGGAUGAAAUAAUGUGUUAAUUAUAUAGCUUUAGUUUCUGUUAAGGCAAAACUAGGCUAGCUGUUUCCCUCCGUUUCCAGUCAUUGUGCUAAGCUAGGCUAACCCGCUGCAUUAAAAGCAUUAUAAUUAAAAUUCAGUUACAUAUAUAAAUAUCUAACUCAUGAAAUCGAAUAAGCAUAGUUCCCAAAAAGUCAAACUUUUGUUUCAAACUAUUCUUGUUAAUUGUUGUAAAAGCUUUAAAUGAGACUAUUAAUUCUUACCGAACGACUUUAUGAAUAAUAAGUAGUCAAAACCAGGCUAGCUGUUUCCAGUCAUUGUGCUAAGCUAAGCUAACCCGCUGCAUUCUAACUUCCUGAAACCAGUUAGCAUAAUUCCCAAAAUGUCAAUUAUUGUGAACUGGGGUGUUUUUUCUUCCUGUAAAAGCUUUAGAUAAGACUUUUUAUUCUUGUCGAAAACCUUCUAGACUAUGAAGUAGUCGUCCAACCCUUCUGUUGAAUCGUAGAGUAGCUUUUGUAAAACAUAUAUCAUGAUUUUAAUUAUGUGCGCUGCCAUCAGAAAAUGUCAAACUCGUCCCUCCUUAUCUUGAGCUAGUUAUUACACAUGUUUCUGUUUUUUAAUAAUGUUUUUGUAUAUCUAAAAACUUUCAUUUCUUGUUGUCUAUGAGCGAAUGUAGGGUCUUGUUUUUUUUUGUACAAUGUCCUUCACAAAGGUUUAAAACCUGCAUACUUUUUAAGACGUUAAACAACACUAAGCUUAAGAAAAACAGCCCCUUUUCCACUUUUUUAUUUGAUCUUUUGGUCGUUAUUCUUCUCCUGGGUCUUCCUGUUCACAUCCUCCAUCUGUCGUCAUCUUGCAAACAUUUCGAUUAAAAAAAAAAAGCUCAUUUCUUUUUGAUUGAUGGUCGGGAUGCAGUUUUAAAACGAGGGGAAAUGGACAGAAAACCAAUGACUUCGCUGACCUCUGCUGGAACCAGUCUGUGUGUAUAUCUGUAGUUUCUUGCUGUAAAAUAUUUAGAGGCAUUUUUUUAUCAUGGAAAAUAUAUUGGGCAAUUCUUUGGGAUUGCAUGUUUCUAUUAGUUUUCUUUUUGUAGGGGAAGUAACUUUUGUUUUGUACCAGAAAAGCACGUUUUAAAGGAUCUGUUGAAGGACUUUUAAAGCAGAAAUAAUUCAGAAGCAUGCGCUGACCUACUAAAGGCAUGUUACACAAGCUUUGGGUGGAGAGGAGGGAUUAUAGGGAAUAAUCAAGGACGGAGAGAUCAGAUUUUAACCGCGGAAACGGAGCGUGUUUGUAAAAUAUUUUGUAAAUUAGUCUCAGCAUGGUCUUCACAGAGAAAAAACCACUCUAUUUAUCAUAGCGUUUUGAUACCAGCGGCCAAAAACAUGACUUUCCCCAGACAGAAAACACAUACACAAAUAUUUAGCUUCUAGAUUUAGCUGGACAGAGUAUAGAAAAUGUAAAAAAUGGUCAAAGGAAAUGUCUCUGUGUUCUGGAUGUAACCCCGUUUUUAAAGAAGCCUCCACAGAGAAAAAGGAAUGUGUUAAUAAUAAUAAUGAUGUAUCUCACGGUUAUAAAAUAACCUGUAGCAAGACCUGCAUCGGAGCGAGAUGAAUAAUAAAAGUCUGGGAUUAAAGAGGGUGCCAAUGACUGAAGUGUUAACUAUUUACCUCAUGAUGAAUCUGGGAGGAAAGUUAGACGCUCGUAGACGCUGGUUGGUGUUUGUCUGCUCCUUUUUGUUAAUUUUACUGUUAUUUCAUAUGAAUCUGAUCUUGUACAUUUGUCAUAAUAAAAUGGGUUUCGAGCCUCACGUCG